AUGGGCGGAGCACUCUCUAACGGCCGCACACAUGACAUCAUCUUCCCCUAUGGCCCCCCGGGCGAUGUGGCCUGCUUCAACAACGCAACUUCCAUCAAGGCCAUCGCUGCAAAGGGCCCUGUCAAGGGGCUCAUCGAGAACCAAUGCCACUACAUCAACAAUAACUGCAGGAGCGUUCGCCAUGGCCAGGAGACGGGCUCCUACCUCGACGAUCCCAAAUUUUCCUGCGGCGACAUGGCCAACGUCAAGAACCAUUGCAAGGGAUGA